AUGCCGGCCACCCCUCGCCACCGCGCACGCAGUCGCCCACGGCUCACGCUCCUCUGCUCGCUCAGCUGCCUCGCCCUCGUGCUCGUCGCUGCAUCGUCGGCCACCGUCGCCGGCGCCGCUGCCGUCUCCCAAACACCCCUCUGGAUCGAUACGACCGCACAGCAACCCAUAUGGUCGCUCGCCCAAAGCCUGCAGCGCUACUUGACCAACGCCCUCUCGACCGUUUGGUCUGGCCGCCCCUCACCUGAGCAGCCCCGAUCCGAGUACAAGUACUUUGGCCUGCGGCAGGCCUACCACCAGGGCAUGGAGGCGUAUACCGGCCUCCGCGCCACGACCGACUUCGACUACAAGGUCCACGCCCUCUCGUCCCUGUCGGACCCGAGCGACCCCUACCACAUCCCGCCCAUCAAGACGGUCCGCCAGACAGUCACGCGCCCGCGCGACGUCAACCGCUACCUCGAGGUGCGCGGCACCUCGUACGAGGAUGCCGUCUGCGCCGCCUCGACCGAGCUCGACUGGGAAGAUGUCGAGAUCGAUGCACCCGAUACCGAAGACCGCCAGACGAUCCUCGCCUUUGCCAAGAUGGCGGCGCUGGCCUACCAGAACGACACUUCUGGCUGGGAGGCCACCGGCGGCUUCAACCUGACCGACUCGUUUGGCUGGGAGGGCGACGGCAUGCGCGGCCACAUCUUUACCACCCAGGACAAUAGCACCAUUGUCGUCGCGCUCAAGGGCACCAGCUCGGCGUUGCUGCCUGGCGGCGGCGACACGGCGCGGCGCGACCGCGUCAACGACAACAUGCUCUUCUCGUGCUGCUGCGCCCGCGUCUCGUGGUCGUGGACGCCCGUGUGCGACUGCUACGCGGGCCACGGCGACACGUGCGGCCAGUCGUGCCUCGAGCGGGCGCUCGUGGAAAAGUCGCUCUACUACCCGGCCGCCACGGACCUGUACAACAACAUCUCGUACCUCUAUCCGGACUCGCAGAUCUGGAUCAGUGGCCACAGCCUCGGCGGCGCCGUUUCUGCUCUGCUCGGCAUCACCUUUGGCGCGCCCACCAUCACCUUUGAGGCUCCCGGCGACCGGAUGGCGGCGCUGCGGCUCCACCUGCCGCUGCCGCCGUCCAGGCACCCGGACGACAGCCCCGUCUCGGCGCUGCCCAUCACCCACGUCUACAACACGGCCGACUCGAUCGCCAUGGGUCAGUGCAACGGCGCCGGCUCGUUCUGCUCCAACCUCGGCUAUGCCAUGGAGUCCAAGUGCCACUCGGGCAAGACGAUCCUCUACGACACCGUCGGCAAGCUCGGCUGGGGCAGCAGCCUGACGACGCACCGCAUCAACACGUUGAUCGACAACGUCCUCGACGAGGACUGGAGCGAAAAGGUGCGGAAGGCCAAGGGCAAGGGCAAGGUCAAGAUGAAGUCCAGCACCAGGUCACUGGCCGAGUCAGGGUCGCUGGCAUCUUCCACCGAAGGUCCGAUGCGGACUCUGGGCUGGCGAUGGCCGUGGAGGGGUGGGAAGGACAAGGACGACGACGACGACGAGGGCCAGCGGGACGAGGACGACACCCGCGCGGUGCCGAGGCGGCGCAGCGAGGACGACUGCCGCGACUGCGCCGACUGGCACUUUAUCGACGAUGCCACCGACGGCGGCGAGGACAAGGGCCAGUAG